GAGUAGGGUGAAUAAGGAUUUAUCGCGAAUUUCAAAUCGGUAACGUCGCUGAAAUUCUGCAAGCGAGUAUCGUCUAAAAUUUUUAUUCGUCAGCUUGGUUAGUGUGUAAAUUGCCCGGGGGAUUAGCGAUAUUUUGACGACAAUUACUGACGACAAUUAUUGCACCGUUUGACGCAAACGCGACAAACUAUAGACGUCUUCCGAGGACGACCGAAGUUGUUACGGGAAGUAACGACUCUCGAAACAAACAGAGUUCUUGAUGGGGGAGCAAGAAAGUGACUAUCUAAACUAUUCUAACGAGUGAAGACAAGAUUUGGCCGGAUUUGAAUAGAAAAUCCGUCGUUAGACAAUAAGCGUACAUUGUUACGUUUAACAGAAACUCGUGUCUAGUUUGAAUGCCUGUCUUUGGUGGUUAACAGGACAGCAGAAUGAGUUAAUAGAUAGUUGGCCAACGUUCGGCGGUGUUCUGUCGCCCGACAGUGGCUCACAGUUUUAUCGAUUGCCUGUGUUUCAUAGCUUGGUUCGUUUGGUAUGGCUCAAUUGAGAAGAUACCCCAAUGCAUUGCCUCCCUACCUAGGCAGCCAUAACAUGAAUGGGAAUUCUGAGCGUGUAGAGCAGCGAGAGAAGGCAAAAAUAGCUCGGGUGCAGCCGUCUGAUAUUGAAAUGAAUAAGAAACCAGCGGGUCCAUUGUUUCCACCUCCAAGAAAAGUCAAUGAUUCAAGUGAUGAAAUCACAAAAACCAUCAAGAAAUCACUUGGUGAUUUUGAGAAUUUUGUAAAGAUUAUGAACCAAGAGGUUAGUCGAGAGAAAGCGCCUGGUCAAACAUGUAUUGGUGUCAUGCCUGUACCAGCAACGCCUACAGAAAACAAGACCUUUGCGUUAACAAACAGUAAGACAAAACCGACCAAGGACAAGCCUACAAGUUCCACUCAAGAAAAGUCUAAAGGAAAUACUGGGAUAGAAAAGUUGGAGCAAAAACCGUUAAAGUUAAAGUCAGAUCAAAAACACAAGUCAAGUUUAGAUGCCUCCAGGCAUAAGGCGUUGAAACUGGGGGAAAAGUUGAACGACAAGAAGGACAAUAAGGAUUGUAACGUCCUGAAUAAGAUCAGUAUAGAAAAAUACAAAAGUAAUCAAGCAUCUGUUGCUGAUAAAUCAAAUACUUUGUCUGUAAAUAAACAGAAAUUAGACACGUCUGCAAACGAUAAAAAUGAAGAAGUGAAUAGCGAUAUUGAAAGGGUUGAAAGGAAGGAAGAGCAAAUGGAAAUCUCUCAACAAGGACCAGCGAAGAAGUUGGAAAAAUCGACAGCGGUUCAAAAAACGAAGCCAACACCGUUGCAGUUGCCUACCCGGACUGUGGUUUCAUCCUCUCUUCCACAGGAGAGUCCACAACAUCGCGACAUGCAGCUCCAGGAUAUUUUAAAGGAAAUGACGGAGUCCGUCCACAUGCCGUUGACAGGAAUCUGUACGCCAUUGCCUAAACAUGACUCGCGUUUUCCAUUCCCCAGCAGCGUAAACGAAAAGGAAAACUCGCAAACGUUGGCUCCUUCUAGUUCGUUUAUAGAAGAUUUACAUAUUUCGGACGAAGACAGUGACGAUGAGCGGGAAAACAACGAUGAACAAUAUCAAAGGCCUGCUAAUCAGACUAGAUCGCGGUCAUCGUCGUCAUCAAGUAGCAGUAGUAGCGGCGAAUCCAGCGACUCGGAAUGCGAGGAUGUGGAUGAUGAUAAAACGAAUACAACCGUUUUCCCUAAAACGAGUAUGCUUAAUUCACCACCGGUUGUUGCUAAGAUUCCAUCUCCUCCAGUACAACAGGUGCCAACGCAGCCAAAAAAGGAUGGCAAUGACAAUAUGGGCAAAUCUGCAAACGAAACUUCACAUACGCAAACGCAUUCCAAAUUAAACUCAGGGGAAUUCGUAGAUGGUAAGUCACGGACUUCGAGUACAUCGGAUGACUCAGUUUUUCAUACAAAAAUUGAGGAAAAGCUUCAAAGCAAAGAACUCAAAGAUAGUUCAAAUAACGUAGAAGAAGUACCAGUAAAUGAGUUAAAAACUGUGGAUGAAGAGAAACCUAUUCCAACUUCUAAACAUACAACGUUAUUGAAUAAGGUUAAGACAGAAAGUAGCGAAGUUUUACCUGAUACAAAAAUUAAGAUUAAGGUAGAAAAGGGAAGCAGCGAUUCCUUUAAAGUGAAAACUGACACCAAGGUAAAAAAUGAAACGAAAAGGAGAUCUGAAUCUGAGAGUAAACAAGUUGGGGAAAUGAAAAACAAUGCUGAGAAAGGCAAAACUGCUGGAAAAGGCAGUGAGUCAGGCUCAAAAACUUCAUCGAAAUUAGGUGUAAAACUAAAGAAAACUGCGAAUGGUGUUGUCAAAAUUAAAAAAUCAGGUGAGUCAAAAGAGGAGAAGAUCGAAGUCAAAAAGAAAGGCAAAAAUUUGGAUGAAUCAACUGCGGAGAAAAAGACGAAACGCAAGCAUAAAGAUAGUACUGGGGAUACUGGGAAAAAAGAAAAACUAGAUUCAAAUACGUUAAAAGAAAAGUCAGAUGUUAUUAUGUCAAAGGAUAAAACUGAACACCAUUCUGUAAAGGAAAAGAAAGAUGAAGUUUUUACCAAGGAUACAAAUAGGACUAAAUCUGGCAACAAAGAGAAAAAGAAGUCAGCUCGUAUAGGCAGUUUCGGAUUUGAUAGUUCUGAGGUUGGUGAGGAAGAUCAUGUUAUUGAUGUCGUUGGAGAUAAUAGUCCGGUUGUAAAGAAGACAAAAACAGAACAAUUGGAGAAAAAGAAUGGAGUAAAUGGUUUUCAUAAAAACGGACAUGAUGAUAUGCCGUUGGGAAUCCAAUUGGUUCAGGAUGGUGACAAAGUCCCGACUUCAUUAAUAGUUAAGAUUCCGUUGUCGUUUUUGAAGAGAAUACCAAGCAGAUUUGCUCAGGAACUAUCGGUUGAAAGUUCACAUGCAGAUGUUGAAUUGGGUUCCCUUGAGAACGAGGGGAAAAAGCAAAAAGAACGGUUAUGGAAAGAGCAUGAAGAAAAUGAUAUGGAAGUCGAACAUACCGACGAAACGGAAAAGAUACGGCCUGUAAACAAUCACAGGAAGAGAAGUCCAAGUUCAGAGGUGGAUCCUCAUCCCAAGAAAAGAAUGCGUCGAGAUAGUCACCGUGAUAAGUCAGACCAAAAGAAAUGUAAAACUGCAGAAGAAAUGAAUGCUGAAUGCGUGGCUGAUAUAAGGAAAGUUGAACCAGAUGCACAUCUUCUGCGGGCAAAAACUUUGAAACGAGAAGCAGAUAAAUUGACGGACAAAGAAGCCAAAAGUCGAACUUAUGUCGAAGCCAUUAUUCGUUUCAUCUGUUGUGGAAAGGCCCUUGAGGAUAAAGAAGAUGGCGAAAUCCGUGCUGGUCAAAUGUAUUCUGAGACAACGGAAUUACUGAGAUUUAUCCUAAAACACGUCUUGGGAAAGACGGAGGACAAACGGCUUUUGAUUUUAUGCCUUCGAGUUCAAUCCUUGCUUCUGCACAAAUUGUAUCGGAUGAAGGGAAAACAGGCUCUUCGGAAUACACAGAUUUUAGCUGAACAUUUUAAGGCAUCACACAAGAACAACAUCACUUCUCCAUACACCACAAGUAACAAACACGGCAGCACUCCAUCACCCUUAUCUCCCACCCCGUCACCAGCUGGAAGUGUCGGUAGUAUAGGAAGCAAUGGUAGCAAUAGUAGCGGUGAGGGAAAUCACAGUCAGAAUGGACGUCAUGCAUCUACAGCAGCAGUGACGUCGCCAAUGUCGGUCUCAAUCCCCCAGCAGAUACACAGUGUGAUGGCACAACACGUGUCCAAUACCAGUAAACUGGUGAACAGUAUCGACAUGUGGGAUAAGGCGGAUAGUUUAACGUCUGGUUAUCGAGAAUUUUUUAUCACAGUGGACUCCAUUUGUGGACCCUUAACGUUUCACAGUUCAAUUCCACACAUUGUAAAUUAUGUAAAGAACAGUUUAUCCUAUUUACACGAACAUGGUAAAGGAACGUAAUUAUAAAUAUUCCACCUUCGCUUGAACGUAUUCUACAACAGGUGAAGACCAGUAUAAUAUAAGAAUGACAGAAAGUUAUAAUAAUUAUAGACUAUAUUAUAAGCAGUAGUGCUUCAAAAUUAUUGCUGGAAAUUUUGCCCUUUGUAAGGGUUGCUUGCUAUAGCGCGAAUGUAGCUCUAUCUGGCUUGACAACCGAUACCCGCAAAAUUAUUACAGUUGUCGAAAACAGCGGUAAUAAUUUAUAGGGAAUAUUUUAUUAACCCCCCCCCCCCUCAUUUUUAGGACAAAGUAUAUAGAACUAACUUGCUCUAUAUUGCUCUAAAUAAUAUGUAGUCUCCUGCACGUAACUACGUUGGGGCUUUCAUGUGGUAGAGCAUAGAGGGUUGGCAAAAUUGCCAGGGGUUGUAUUAUUGUCAAAUGUUUAAGGUUUGUAAGGUUCUGUCGAAAAGUUACAAAAUAAUGGUAUAAUAAAAUGUUCGCUCAUAUGGCAAAUAAGUAUUUCUACUCAUGCAUGGUUGGCGAGAUCAGUCAAUUUAGAAUUGGAGAGUGUGAAAAGUUUCACGUUCAUGUAAAUUUUCAACCCACUAUUCUCUAAUAAAUGUGGGCCCCCUUAGCGAGCCUUAAGUUUUUGUACGAAAUAACAAGGCUCGCCAAGUAGGCAUGCGCAGGAGACUACCCAUUGCAUAAAUGAAAACAAAUUUCACUUUAUACGGCUUAUUACGACAAAAUUACGGCUUAUUGCCGAAAAACAUGCAUCGCAAUUAUUGCAACUGUGGCCUUUCGUGGGUUUCUCUUUUGUAAUGGCGGGAAUGAAACUUAGUUGGGAAGAUGGUAGCAAAAAGAGAAACCUGCAAAGGUGCUAUGAACCUUGAACCAGUUGUAAAGGACAAUUGAUGUUUAUAAAUAAAAUAUUAGAAAUACCAAAAUUCUUCCAGUGAACCAUGAUAAAAUUUAUUUUAUUAACCACGAGUGGACUAAAAC